AUGUCUUCAACCAACAAGCGCAAGAGGGAUCCAGCUGAUGAAUUGAUUUGUCCCAUCACUUUAGAAUUGCCUUGGGACCCUGUCACAGCAGAGGAUGGACGUAUCUAUGAUCGAAUUUCCAUUGAGACCCAUAUCAACAACCACCCCAGAGGCCUCAAAUCACCAAUCACCAACAAGAAGAUGGGCAAGAAGCUGUUUCCUGCCAUCCAGCACCGCAACACCAUUGAGAUAUUGGUAGAGAAUGGCGUCAUUGUUGGAGAUCUGGCUGCCAAGUGGGAGGAAAAGGCGGCAGUGGAAGAGUUGUUGAACAACGCAGAGGCAGGUGAUUCGCGUGCCAUGUAUAGCUUAGGAAAGAAUUAUGCACAUGGCCACAAUGGUUUCAAGAAAGAUAGGAAACUUGCAUUUCAGUGGUACAAGAGGGCCCAUGAAGCUGGGAAUGUGUAUGGAACGGCAUUGACAGGCGUGUAUUUAUUGAAUGGUUGGGGUACCCCAAAGCGUGAAAGGCUCGGAUUUAUCCAUGUGUCUGCUGCUGCAACCCAAGGAUCAAACAAUGCAGCCUAUCAUUUGGGCAUGGCAUUUGCCAAUGGAUACCAUGGCUUGCAUGUGGAUAAAGCACUGGCCAUCUCCUGGCUAGAAAAGGCUGUUGAGGACUGUCCUUAUCCCGAUUUGAUAUAUGAACGCACAGAGCAAGCCCGACAGAAGUUAGCUGAGCUCAAAUCUUCAUAG